AAAUUCGACCCCAAAAAGUCUCACUUUGUCUGAAUUUUGUCCUCCACGCGCUAUGAGGGGGAGGGGGAGAGGGAAAUGGAAAACAUAAUAUUUCGCAACCUCCUAGUCAAGAAAAUUUGGAGUAAACUUAAAACUCCAAGAUCCAAGCUUUAGUCAAGCCCAUUUCUCUCGGUCUUUCACGGAGUUGAUCAAUUGUUUCCUCCACUAUUUUCCCCAUCUUUUUAUUGCAAAACGUUAAUUUUUCCUCCAUAAUAGAACAGAGACGAGGGAUCGAUCACAUUCACAACAGACACUGAGGUUAGUAAUCCUUAAAAUUCAAUUUUGUUGGGUUCUUCAUGGUCCUGUUUCAGCGAAAGUUGCAAAAUUUGUGAGCUUAUAGUUGAGAAUCUUUUGAAGGGCUAUCUGGGUUUUCAUUUCUGUGACUGAUGAACCCUGCAGUUAGUAUUUAAAGCCAUGAAAAGUCUUGUCUCUCUGUUUUUCUUUGUUUGGGGGCUGCAACUGUUUGGAGAAUUGAGCUUUUCAUUUGCUCAAUCAGAUUUCGAAGACGUUGGGUUUGUUGAAGACCGUACAGAUUUAACUCCAAAUGAAACUCCAACUUACAAUUAUGAAAGAUUUGAUGAGGUGCAGAAACAGUGCAAAUCUGUUCUGUCUUCUGCAGCUGAAUUAAGCUCUGAUACUACUAGGUUUAUCAAAAUGAAGGAACAGCUUCAAUUUCUGAAUGGAGAUUGGUGGCAAGAUGGGGGAAAGUGUCCUUUAAUGCCUUUUGAAAAUGGAACUGUGUUUUCAGAAAAAAGGUACUAUAUGUAUAAUGGAAUGGACUCCACAAACGCCGAGAUCCCUUUGAAAUUAGUUUCAUUUUGGGUUACUGACAUUGAUCCUGCCCAUCAAACUAAGAAAUCUGUUAGUGUUAGUGGGUUAUUGUUAAUGGGAAUAACUAUGGAUGCUGCUUUUGAUCAAUGGUCUUCUGAACAUCCUCAUUUUCAGUUUUGGCCUGGCCGCUCUGAGCUCACACUGCCUUUUCAAGGAAUCUAUACUGAAUCUAAGAAGAAUGGUGGGGAAAGAGUAUUGUGUUUAUUGGGUUCUGGGAUGUUACCUUCUCGUGAUCAAGAGUCCGAUGACCCGUGGAGUUGGGCUAAGGAUUCAAAUGUUAAACGUCACCAGAUGCCACUUCUCCAAGAUGAUCAAGUUCUACUUGUUCUGCGCUAUCCGAUGAAGUAUACUCUGACAAGUCGGGUAGUCCAAGGUGAAAUGAAAAGUUUAAACCUCAAGUCGAACUCAAAGUACUUUGACGACAUUCACAUUUCAUCUCAACUCGGUGAUGCGAAUUAUGAUUUCACAUCUGAGAAAGUUGUCAAAAAAGCAUGUACUCCAUACCCUUACAAUGACGAUUUUAUGAAGAAAAACAUUACUACGUAUAGAGGUUCUUCUUUUUGCAGGGUUUUGCAUGAAAUGACCAGCAUGCAACCUUUCACAAUCCUCCCAAACUGGAGAUGCAACUCCACGGAUGAAUUUUGUAGGAAACUCGGUCCAUUUCUAUCAGAUAAAGUGAUCAAUAGUACUGAUGGAGGUUUCAAAGAUGUGAGACUUUAUAUGCAGGAUGUGAAAUGUAAGCUGCAAGGCUCUAGCAAAAAUGGUAUUUCUGUUAGUGUUUCUGCUGUGUUUCGAGCUGUUUCGCCAUCGGAGAAUAUCUAUACUGCACGAAGAAGAUCUGCACUUAAUAACAUGACAAUGGUCUCUGAGGGACUGUGGAAGCCUUCUAGUGGGCAACUUUGCAUGGUUGGUUGUGUUGGACUUACUAAUGCUGAUAAGAUUUCCUGUGACUCUAGGAUCUGCUUGUAUAUGCCUAUGUCGUUUUCCCUAAAACAACGAAGCAUUCUUGUGGGUUCGAUUUCGAGCAUGAAUGAUAAGCCAACAUACUUCCCUCUGUCAUUUGAAAAUUUAUUGAGGCCUAACGAGCUAUGGAGUCAUUUUAGGGAGUCUCGUCCAUCUUACAGCUAUACAAAAAUUGCUUUGGCUGGUGCUUUGCUUGAGAAAAAGGAGCCUUUCAGUUUUCGGUCCGUCAUAAAAAAGUCGUUGCUGCGUUAUCCCAAACUGGAAGACACGGAAACAUACGAACUCAGUGCGUCUUUUCUCCUAGAAGAUCUCACCCUUCGUGUCCGUGCAGCGCCCAACCCAGGACUUGGUUCUCAAGCUUCCAGAACCUUUGUUCGAAUCGAUAUGAUCUCGGUUGGUUCCAUUUUGGGACGGGACUGGUCAGGGUUAAAUUCAUCUUACUCGGAUGUGGAAGCUCCUUACCAUGUUAUGCCUGAAUCCACUCAAAAGCAGCUGCUUGUGAAUGUAUCUGCACUGCUCUCAAUCUCAGAACAGACAGAUAGCAACUUUUCUGCACUUUUCGUGGAGGGCAUUUAUGAUCCACCUGCUGGAAAGAUGUACCUAGUUGGUUGCAGAGACGUUCGUUCAUCAUGGAAAGUUAUGUUCGACAGCAUGGAUCUUGAAGAUGGCUUGGAUUGUCAAAUUGAAGUGAUUGUGUCUUAUCCUCCCACUACAGCUCAAUGGUUAAUCAAUCCAACUGCACAGAUUUCAAUAUCGAGCCAACGGACAGAAGAUGACCCUUUCUAUUUCAGCCCAAUAAAGAUUGAAACAAUGCCGAUCAUGUAUCGGAGGCAGCGACAAGAUAUUCUUUCUCGUAAGAGUGUAGAGGGCGUACUCCAAAUAUUGACACUUUCCCUGGCGAUUGGUUGCAUCUUGAGCCAGAUCUUUUAUAUAAAUCAUAAUAUGGAAUCUGUUCCAUUCAUAUCACUUGUUACGCUGGGGGUCCAAUCCCUUGGUUAUACUCUCCCAUUGGUCACUGGUGCUGAAGCUCUCUUCAAGCGACGCGGUUCUGAAUCGAAUGAAGAGUCCUACGAUCUUGAAAAUAACCUUUGGUUCCUUGCGAUUGAUUACAUAGUCAAGCUUCAAGUUGUGUUCUCACUUCUAUUGACUUUGAGGCUUUGCCAGAAGGUAUGGAAAUCUCGGAUCAAGUUACUACGACAAGCUCCUCUUGAACCACGUCGCGUCCCCAGUGAUAAGUGGGUGCUUGUUGCUACCUUCUUCAUACAUCUCAUAGGGUACAUAGCUGUUCUCAUAGUUCAUACUGCAAGGACAACCGGAAUCCGAGUUAAGAGUUAUUUGAUACCUAGCAGAGCUUCAAGUUCCCACAUGAUGCAGGGAUGGGAAAAAGACCUACAAGAGUAUGUGGGUCUUGUUCAAGAUUUUUUCUUACUUCCUCAAGUCAUUGGCAACUUGUUAUGGCAAAUUGAUUGCAAACCUCUCAGGAAGUUCUAUUUCAUUGGAAUCUCACUGGUCAGGCUUCUCCCUCACAUUUAUGACUUCAUACGAGCUCCAACUGUAAAUCCUUACUUUGUUGAGGAGUAUGACUUUGUUAACCCAAGCAUGGACUUCUACUCUAGAUUUGGAGAUGUUGCCAUUCCUUUGAUUGCAUUUAUUCUUGCAGUUGUCGUGUACAUUCAGCAGCGUUGGAACUAUGAGAAACUCAGCCAAAAACUCAUCAUCGGUCGGAUUAGGCUUCUUCCAAACGCUUCCAGAAUGUAUCAGAGGUUGCCUUCAAAGUCUUAUGAAGCUGAGCUUGCUUCUGCUGAAAAUAGUAACACAAAAGAUGAAGAUGUAGAUUAAUACCUAACAAUUUACGGAACAUGCCAACAUCGGAGUUGUUAUAACAGGCAAUGAAAGUGAAGUUUGUCGUUCUUUUUCCCCUUUUCUUUUACAUAGUAGGAGUUGUUUGCUAUACAGUUUCAGCCUGUAUAUGGAUGUUUCUGCAUCAAAUAAAACAUUCAGAAGUAAGGUUUUGAAAUA